AUACAGGUUGCACAACGACCUAUGUUUAAUAGCGUCCCGCAGUGACUUUAAAAAUGACACUGUAAAACAGCUGUCAAGAAUAGAGCAUUAGCGCUCCCGGUGUUGAAAUAAGCAAAACGACCACGAUUAAAGAUCAUAUAUUAUUAAUUCUUAUCUAUUACGAAAUUUAAAAUUUUGCCUCGCUUUUUUUGUCUUUGAUUCAGCUUCUGAUUUAAUAUUUUCUGCUUUAUUCAUAAUAUGUCAUUCUUUUGUACUUAAUUUUUAAAGGUACAAUUAAAAUGUCUUGUUGUGUUCCAUAUUGUACAAAUAAAGGGGAAAGUACUUUUGGUGUACCCAAAGAUGUAGACCAGUUAAAUUUAUGGAAAGUAAGUUUAGGUACAGAUUUAAAACCAUCCUCAAGAGUUUGCUCAAAUCAUUUUAAUCAUACAGAUGUUAUAAAAACUUGGGAAUCAGGACAAGGUACCAACAAGUAUACAAUAUGUUUAAAAAGAGCAAGACUCCGUGAAGGAGCAAUUCCUGUGAAUAAUUCAUUUGUAUAUGUAGCAACACAGGAAUGGGAUAACACUCCUUUGACCAAAAAGAGAAAGGUACAAGACAAUUUAAAAUUGAGCAGUAUACAGCAAGACCAUUGUUAUAGUGUACAUCAAGGUACAAUUAAUACAUCCAAUAUGUCAACUGUUUUGUAUACAAGUGAUACUCCAAAUGAAAAUUCGACAAUAUCUCCAACUUCUGAGUAUAGUAUAAUACAAUCCAAGCCAGUUACUACUACAUUAUUUAAAUCUGUUCUGGAAAAACUAAGUUUACUUACUGUUCCACCAAAAUGGUUCACAGAUGUAAGUUAUCAUCCUAAGUAUGAAAAAGUAGUUGCAUUCCAAAAAUUAGGUUUAUUUAAGGAUGAUUUUUCAAGAUUUAUUGAAAAGCAAGUAGUUUUAACAAAAGAUUUCAAUGUCUUUAUACAUGUGAAUGGAAAAGAAAUGUCCACUAAAGAUAUUGAUUUACCGCCUAAUCAUAAGCCAGAGAGCAUUGAAGAUCUUGAAAACAUUAUUAAACUACUUGAAUCUACUAAAGUAUGUAUAGGAUCAGUGUCUUCAGAUAAAUUUGUAAAUAUAAAAUCGACAUUUGGUUCACAAUUUGUGGAAUCAUUUGGUCAGUGGAGACAUUCAAAAUGUUCCAUGAUACUCAGUCCAAAUAGUAAAAGUGACACAUGUUUGUGGUGUAAACGCCUUUGGUAUUGUGUUAAAAAUAAAAUCUAUCGAUCAACAACAAAAAUAUGUUUUUCGCCCAAUAAAAAGAAAAUUUAGACAUAAUUUAAAACAAAACUAAUAUCCUUAGACAAUAAUAACAAUUUUCCCUACAUGUGGCGACACUGAAAUUCAAUUUCCUCCACAUGGAGCGUUGAGAGUUAAUUUUUUUGAAGUAUCAGUUCUUGAGUCACAAUAUUCGUCUUCGUUGUGCAACCU